UUUUGAAAGGACAAAGUCGUUUAACUUUGUUAAUUUUAAUAUUUAAAAAUGCAAAAUAUUAUCUUGCCUUUUACAAAAGUGCUUGAAAGUAAAUUAAUUAAUAUAUGAAAAGGAUUUGAAAAUCGUAUCGAAAAAAGAGUUUAAAGUGGAAGAUAUUUGAGUAAUCUACAUGGUAUAAAAUGAAUAAUUU